UUUUCAGUUAGAAAUUGUAAGAAGUUAAUGAUAAGCAGCCUUCGCUAUUUAACGGGAUCCCUUGCAAUUGCUUGUACUUUGUCUGUGAAUGUGUAUGCAACUGAGGACCCCAUGGAAACCGUGCUACAGCAGCUGAUGCGUGGAAAUGCUCUUUUUCUCAUCUUUAUUUUGGGAAUCGGAGGAAGCUUUCAAUCAGGAUAUCACGUCACCAGCCUGAGUUCCCCCUCUCCGUUCAUCCGGCGCUUCAUCAAUAGCACCCUAUAUGAAAGAUAUGCAGCGCCACCACCAGGACACACUGUCACACUCAUCUGGUCACUCAUCGUGUCAAUGUAUGCUGUGGGAGGCCUAUUUGGUGCUGUCAGUGUCAAGUGCUUCUCAGGCCUGCUGGGAAGAAAAAAGGCAGUAGUUUGUAACAGCUUUAUCGCCAUAGCUGCAGCUGGGAUCAUGUUGACAAGUAAAUGGGCCAAGUCUUACGAAAUGAUCAUUGUGGCAAGAAUUUUAUCGGGCUACUCAUCAGCUCUGGGAGCAAACAUCCAUCUGAUGUACCUUGGUGAAAUUUCACCAAGAGAGAUACGAGGAGUUGUCACCAUGUCUUCAGCGACAUUUAUUGCCAUUGGUAAACUGUCAGCACAGUUUUUUGGCCUCAGUGAGAUCCUUGGCCGUGACGAGCUGUGGAACGUGGUCCUUUGUGUGCCUGCGUGUCUGUCAGUGGUCCAGGUGAUAGUAAUGCCUUAUCUUCCCGAAGCACCCAGGUAUCUCUUUAUCGAAAAACGAGAUGAUGAAGCAUGCAAACAGGCUUUGCAGAGUCUGUGGGGCCAAGGUGAUUACAAGCAGGAGAUGGCCGAAAUGUUGACUGAGCAGGCAACUAUGGAAGCGGCACCUGCAAAAAGUCCUUUGGUUGUCCUUCGGGACCGAACAGUGCGUUGGCAGCUCAUCACAAUGUCUACCAUGUACUGCUGCAACCAGUUAUCAGGCAUGGCCAUGAUCAGCACAUUUACUUUUGACAUCUUUCAGAAAGCAGGGAUCCCGACAGAUCAAAUCCGCUACAUAACUAUCGGUCUUGGAGUAACAGGAAUUAUCACUUCUAUAGCUUGUGGAUUUUUGAUUGAGCAUGUAGGAAGAAGGCCACUGUUCUGGAUGGGUUAUGGCAUCAUGUCAGCUUGUUGGCUGUUAGUGACAGUAGUGCUCAAUUUGAAGGCUUUUAGUUCUUGGGCUCCGUACGCUACCGCUGUAUUGAUCAUACUCUUCAUCAUCUUCUUCAGCGGAGGGCCUGGGGGAGCAUCAGGUACUCUCCACAGUGAGAUCUUCAUUCAGUCCAAUCGAGUGUCUGCCUUUGUCAUCUUCGGGGUUCAGCGCUGGUUCGUAUUCGCUGUGAUGGGCCUAGUCUUUCCCAUACUUAUUGAUACACUUGACACCUACUGCUUUGUGUUUUUCGCCUGCUCGUGCCUGCUGGGUUGUGUUUACGCCUUCUUCUUCCUGCCUGAAACUAAAGGCAAGACGCUGCUGGAGAUCUCAAAUGAAUUCAAAUCCAUCACUGUCUGUGGAAACUCUUUUCAGGAGGAAAGACGACUGGAGACUAAGUUAUAG